CCCCCCCCCCCCCCCCCCUCUCUUCUAUGAGGUGGCAACAAAACUUCCGAAGGUUCCUGUAGAGAUUUGCCUAGAAAUCCCAUUCCUUGAGCCUUUUCUCUUCGGCAACUGGAGAGAUCUCCUCUCUUCUCGAUCGGAAUGGCUUCGGAUUUGGAAUUCUAGGGGUUCUUUUUGCGGAGGAGGGAGAUGCACAAGGGGCGGUCUCCGGAGCCUUUAGAUUUCUUCAUCUGGACGGUCGAGGAUGUUGGGUUGUGGCUGGAAGACAUAAAUCUUGGUAGCUACCGUCAGGUUUUUGAAGAUAAUGGUGUCAAUGGGGAGUACUUAGAGAGCUUAUCUAUGUUCACAACAGAACAGAUUCUGCGGUUUAUCAGGCGGUGCCACAUGAAGUGGGGAGAUUUUAUUACACUCUGCAAGGAGUUACGGCGCAUUAAAGUUGCUUGCCUGAAAGGAGAGCAAGAGAUCCGCAGGCCAUGGUGGGCUCCAUCAUGCUUAUCAGUGGUGUUUGUUAGGGUUGCCAGGCGCAACAGACAAUCUCGGGUUGUCUCCUUGAAGCUGGAAUCUUGAGCUUCUACAUGAAAUCACCCUCCCUCAUCACAUGCCACAACCUACCUAUUACCCCUUCACUUGAUCCUUUUUUUCAUCCCUUUUUUCUUUCCCUGUUUAACUUUUGGGAAGUUGGCAUGUUGUUGCUACAGGCUAGUGGACUAUGAGGUGUUUUGGGUCUGCAGACAGUUUGGCUGUUCUUGUCCCUGUUCUGUUAUGUAUAAUUCUCUGUUCACUCUGUUUUAUGUAUUUAUUGAUUAAUUUUUCAUAUAUAGGUUUUUAUUGUGGCUAA